ACCUCCUUCUUCUCCUCCCUUGUUUGAGCGUCUCCGCCUGGGCUGGUGCAGUCUGAGGGAUGGGGGAUUAGAGCCUGCACCGUCCAACUACCUGUGUGGCCCCCGCAUGGAGGACAGUGGACAGGGAUGCGUUUGAUGCAGGACAUUUUAUCCGAGACACGAAUGCCUCCUCAGCAUUUUUUCGGACAUGCCGAAGUUACGACAUUUUAUUGACAACAUAUACCAAGGCAUUGCAUGUGCCAACUUUUUUCUGUGAAUAUGCCUUUGUGAGAAAACCCUGUGGCUCGUCACCCUCGCCGGGAUUCCCCGCACUAGUUUCAACGAGAGACGAGGAGGAAAAAAAGAGGAAAGAAAUCUGCAAAAAUGGACAAAGAAAGUACUGGCACUCAAUAUGAACCCGUGGCCGAGAUUGGAGAAGGCGCUUAUGGGAAAGUGUACAAGGCGAGAGAUUUGAAGAACGGUGGACGCUUUGUAGCCCUAAAAAGGGUUCGUGUCCAGACGGAGGAAGAAGGGAUGCCACUCUCCACCAUCCGGGAGGUGGCGGUACUGAGGCAGCUGGAGGCCUUUGAGCACCCCAAUGUUGUCAGGUUGUUUGAUGUGUGCACGGUCUCUCGGACUGACCGAGAAACCAAGCUCACGCUGGUCUUUGAGCACGUGGAUCAGGACCUGACAACCUACCUGGAGAAAGCCCCUGAUCCUGGAGUACCACCUGAGACCAUCAAGGAUAUGAUGUACCAGCUGCUCCAGGGGCUGGACUUCCUGCACUCGCACCGCGUGGUACACCGUGACCUGAAACCCCAGAAUAUCCUGGUCACCAGCGGAGGACAGAUCAAACUGGCCGACUUUGGUCUAGCCCGCAUCUACAGCUUCCAGAUGGCGCUCACCUCUGUGGUGGUGACACUGUGGUACAGGGCCCCAGAGGUGCUCCUACAGUCCAGUUACGCCACACCAGUGGACCUGUGGAGUGUCGGCUGCAUCUUCGCUGAGAUGUUUAGGAGAAGACCGUUAUUUCGAGGGAACUCAGAUGUUGAUCAGCUGGGGAAAAUCUUUGAUGUUGUUGGGGUACCAUCAGCAGAGGACUGGCCCCAGGAAGUGGCCCUACCACAGAGUGCUUUCAGCCCCCGGCCCCCUAAGCCCGUAGAGGACUUGGUUCCAGACAUGGAUGAGCAAGGACGGGCCCUCUUAAUGCAAUUCCUUGCCUUCAACCCCUCCAGGAGGAUAUCGGCCUUCGCUGCGCUCAGCCACCCCUACUUUCUAAGUGUGGACAGCCACAGUAGGAGUGUGUACGCGGCCCAGCCAAUCCCCAGCAACAAGCCCACUAUGGAGGAGAGGACUGCCUGACUGUCUUCCUUCGCCCUUAAUCAUCCCAUACAGUGUCUAUAAAAAGUAUUCUGCGCACCCCCCCGCCUUGGUGAUUUUCGUUCUUCAUUGUUUUUUCAGGGUUGUUAUUAAAGCUUUUUUGGCACUGAUAUAUAGAUAAAUCUUAAAUGUCAAAUCUUACAUAAAUCCGUUCAAAUAGUUUACAAUUUAAGAACAAAUGUACAGAACACAACAUUUGCCAAAGGGAUAUAGAUGUGGUUAAAUCUUUUUUAAGUUCUUAAACCAAUCCGGUCUGGAUUGUGAUUGGGUCAUUUGGGGGUUGUCCUUUUGAAGACGGCCCUGUGUAGCUGUAAAUCUACGGGUUGUUUUUCAGGCAGAAAAACAACCAUCUCCCAUCAGGACAGCAGGUUUCCUCUAGGAUUCUUUUGUAUGCUGCUUCAUUAAAUGUACCCCCCCCCCCCCCCCACACACACACACACACAUACCUUUGCCACCAAUAGCAGGCAUAUCAUUGAGUUUGUGGGUUAAAAAGCUUAAUUUUAGCAUCCUCCCGCCAGGGAGCCUUCUUUUGAUCCCACAUGCCUUUGUGUAAAUGCAAGUGGCCAUGCAAUUUUUCCAACAGUGGCUUUCUCUUUGCCAGUUGGCCCUAAAGCUAGAAAUGCAGAGCUGUGGAGUCAGAGUCCCUCAUCCCAGUAAGAGAGCCUUGUACCUUGACCACAGGCCUCCGUUGUGGCCUUAUGGCUUCUUCACACAUAACCUUUAGUUGUUGAGGAUGCUAUACUUGUACUCUACUCAAGUGCCGUCAGAGUUUACUGGCAUUCUAACUAAUUGGUUCUUCUCAAUACUCUUGUUGUAGGUCAGUUUGUUUCGGUUUCCAUAGUAUUGUAGUUUAUGCGCUGCUAAACAAAAAAUACCAUCCUAGAUUACGCACGUGAUCACUAUUCUACCUAUCAUUCAACUUCUAAAAAGCAGCUGGCUGCACCAGUGAAGCAGUCAUAUGAAUCAAUUUAAAGGGACAUUUUUGAAUGAAUAUCAGUGUCAAAAAAGCUUCAUCAACAGAGAUUGUGUUUUGAAUGUCCUGAUUUGGACCAAUGGGGCACAUACUUUUUAUAGUCAAUGUACAACACUUUAGGAAAGUACUCCUGAAGAGAGGAAAGAGUCAACAAAGAGGACACCAAUGCUCUCACCCACUGAAAAAUGCACGAAAGCUAUCUUCCUUCCAUGAACUGUUGGAUUGUAAUUGCUGCUUUUAGGUUGUUAAAUGUUGAUCUUCUGCGUUAACAAUGCAAAAAGACUUGCAUCUCACAUAGACUGGUAGUAGUGGGCAAGCAGACUGUAGAGGCCAUGAAGCAGAGGCCUCUUUAAGACCAGUGUUUAGCCUCGCAUGAGCCCCCCUUGACUGGGGGGCCGGACCACACAUGAUCCUGGGUGGACAGCGUGGGUCUCACCGGCCACAGUGCUUACUGUAGGUGUGUGCAGUGAGCAGAUAUACAAGACCAGAUAUGUACAAAACAUGUAGUGUGUGCACUACCACUGACCGUUUGCUUAUGCACACACCUACUUAUUGAAACGUUAUUGGGCAUCACAAGCCAGCUACUCACUGCCAUGUUGUGUCUUAUCAUUCCAGUCCUGCGUGUAUUAUAAUACUGCCACCCUGAGGAGGUCCUGAGUAGCUGCAGACCAGUAGCAGGAUUCUAAUGGUUUCUGCACUCUUCUAGGAACUCAUCAUAAUGGGCUGAUAUCGGUGCUGAGACGAUGAUGGAAAAAAACUAAUAGAAAUGCUCCUGCCACUCACUAAUCUGCCAUCAUGGGCUUUUUAUCAUAAGAUACAAUUAAUAUUUACAAUCCGAAUGUAACAGUAAUUCACAGGCUUGCAAUAGGUGGACAAUGUCCCACCAGCACUAUUCAACAUGAAUACAUUUGGCACAGAAUGGUGUCGCCAAUAUUCUGUAUUUAAUUUAAAUUUAAAGUCUUAUUUUCAUCAGGUCGUUACUUGAUUUAAAGAUGCUGGGGCAUACAAUAUUCGUACACCAAUUACACCAACUGUUUAGAUGAAGAUAGGAUUUGUGUAAGAAUAGUUUGACAAUGUAAGAAAUGUAUAAAGGAUAGGCAGUGGUACUGUACAGUAUAGAGUGCUAAAUACAAGCUGUAAUGAUAGAAGACUUUUGAUCUGCGCAUCGUCAGCCCCUAGAUAUGUCGUACAAAUGGAUAGACGUAGAGAGUAGCGAGGGUCUGUGGAAUGUUGUUUGGCAAGAGUAUUUUGUCCAUUGAAAAUGUGUUGUGGGCUCUCUGGGUGCUUGUUGCAUUUAAUUUGCUUUGGAUUGAGUGACUUUGAAUUUGACAUAGCUUUUGAUAAUGAAAUAAUGCACAAAUAUCUAGUGUACAGUUUUUGCUUAUUUUACCGUCAUGUCCAGUUACAUUCAAGUUCAGCUAUUUUUUACCAGAAAGGAAAAAGCAAGUAAUACAGAGUUGUAUUUUUGUAUGUAGUAGUUCUUUCAGAACAGUAACAUAUUUGAACACUGGUUUACGUUUUCUUAACAGGUAGUGCUGCUAGCACACACACACUCUCCGACUUUCUCAGGUUCUUGUUAUGGUCGUCCGAACCGUUCGGGCACAGUUUGCACAUCUCUGGGCUACUAACUGACCACAUCACAACACCUUCAGGUUUUCUUUCAAGCUGUUCCAUGAUCAUGUCAUUGAUCAUAGUCUACUGUCAUUCCUAUUUAUCAAAUAUAUGUUACUGUAGUCAUUACUGUCUGAAGAUAACUGCCUGUAUCGAAUGUUUCCCCUCCUCCCCCGGCAACUUGUAAUUGCUAGAUGGCGAACACAAUGUAGAUUCAUGUAUAAUUGUCUGCUUGACUAAGCACUGUGUGAACUUUUCUAUUUGAUAACGCCUUACAUCUGGUGUCCGUGGCGCGUACAAUGCAUUACUGAAAAUAAUGACUGUUAAUACAUUUCAAUCUCAGAACACAAAACUGAAGUCAACUGUUGAGCGUUUUAGAACUUUAACUGUUUUGAAACCAACAUAGCUUCAUCCAUCGUAUAACUCAAAUUACACAUUAUGUUCCUGUGUCACAUUUCUGAUUAGCAUACAGAAAUGGAGGCUGGGAACAACACAAUCAUGGCAUUAUACUUAUGUAUGAAUGCAGGCAUUGGUGUCUUAUUAUUGUGUUGCACCAGUUGAAUAAAACGCAGCUUUUUGUGAA